AUGAAUGUGGAUUAUAUAUGCUGCAGGGACCCUGAACUCGUUAAGAAGAUUGGGGCUGCAACUGCCCUUGAAGUUAGAGCCACAGGCAUUCCAUACGUCUUUGCACCUUGCAUAGCGGUUUGUAGAGAUCCAAGAUGGGGUCGUUGUUACGAAAGCUACAGCGAAGAUCAUAAGAUUGUUCAAGCAAUGACUCAGAUCAUACCUGGAUUACAAGGAGACAUGCCACCUAACUCUAGAAAGGGUGUUCCCUUUGUAGCACCUGGAAACAAAAAGGUUGCAGCUUGUGCAAAGCAUUAUGUGGGCGAUGGUGGGACAACCAAAGGCAUCAAUGAGAAUAACACUGUGAUAGACAGGCAUGGAUUUCUCAGCAUUCACAUGCCGGCCUACUAUAACUCAAUUAUUGAAGGUGUUGCAACCAUUAUGGUAUCUUACUCCAGCUGGAAUGGAGUCAAGAUGCAUGCCAACCGUGAUAUGGUCACCGGAUUUCUCAAGAAUACUCUCCGUUUCAGGGGUUUUGUCAUCUCAGAUUGGGAGGGUAUUGACAGAAUCACCUCACCACCUCAUGCCAACUACUCAUACUCGAUUACAGCAGGGAUCAAUGCUGGAAUUGACAUGAUCAUGGUUCCAAACAACUAUACAGAAUUCAUUGAUGGUCUAACUUUCCAAGUAAAAAAUAAAAUUAUUCCCAUGAGCAGAAUUGAUGAUGCAGUGAGGAGAAUUUUGAGGGUUAAGUUUACAAUGGGGCUAUUUGAGAAUCGGUUGGCUGAUCUCAGCCUUGUCAACCAGCUUGGCAGUCAGGAACACAGAGACUUGGCUCGGGAAGCUGUUAGGCGAUCUUUAGUGCUUCUAACGAAUGGUGAAUCUGCAGACGAGCCAUUGCUACCCCUUCCAAAGAAGACAUCAAAAAUACUUGUAGCUGGAAGUCAUGCAGACAAUCUUGGUUAUCAGUGUGGUGGUUGGACCAUUGAGUGGCAGGGAAUGAGUGGCAACAAUCUCACACAUGGUACCACAAUCCUAACUGGUAUAAAGAACACAGUUGAUCCAGAAACGAAAGUAGUGUACAAAGAGAAUCCUGAUGCCGAGUAUGUUAAGUCAAAUGGUUUCUCCUAUGCCAUUGUUGUCGUAGGAGAACCGCCAUAUGCGGAGACAUUUGGUGACAGUUUAAAUUUGACUCUCCCUGAUGCUGGCCUGAAAACCAUUACAAAUGUUUGCGGUGCUGUCAAGUGUGUUGUCGUUGUCGUCUCCGGUCGUCCUGUUGUGAUGCAACCAUAUGUUUCCCUGCUAGAUGCUCUGGUUGCGGCAUGGCUUCCGGGAAGUGAAGGCCAAGGAGUUGCUGAUGUUUUGUUUGGUGACUAUGGUUUCACCGGCAAGCUUUCUCGCACUUGGUUUAAAACCGUUGAUCAGCUACCUAUGAAUGUUGGAGAUCCACAUUAUGACCCUCUCUUCCCCUUUGGAUUUGGCCUCACAACAGCUCCCACAAAAGCCAACUAGGAAUCAUUUUGCUACUCUUCAAGGAUUUUAUGGAUAUGUAUGAGCUAAUGUAAUCGAUUUACAACCCCUUUUUACAGGUACUAAUAAUAAUACUUUUGAAUCUUGGAGGGUAUCCUCACUUAAGAGAUAUCAUUGGACCACCAUCGCUGGUCAUAAUUUUCUGCGCUAUAUAUAAGUUUAUGGUCCAAC